UGGCAGUGGUGUUAACCGUCUGAAAAGCGGAGGUUUACGGGGAUCUAUGGCUGAAGAUUAACUGAAAACUUUUUCAACAAUUUGGAGGAGAUACACGUGAAUUACGCAUGGACCUUAUGGGAUUUCUGUGAUCUUUUGUGUACUUCUCCACUUUGGCGUACUUGAGUGACGUGACAAACACAAACUUUUAUUUUCCCAGAGUAUUAGCUAACAAUGCUAAUCAAACCCAUGUAACAUAGCGAGCUAGAAUAUUGCGUUACUUUAUACUGUAGAGCUAGGUGAGCAUUUGUACGAGUCCAGCUGCGUGUUUGUUUUUGUCGGGUGUGUUCGAUUUAAGCCAAAUAGUAAUUCGGAUGGAUGGGAAGAUUUUACCAAAGCCAGCAUUUCUCGCACCCUCUGCCUAAUUUGUGUUUGGUGUAAGUGCCUUUGCGAAUGGCUUAUACAUUGUCCAUUCUCCCACCACGUUAGAGAAUUACGUUAGGUGCCAACGCCUUAUUAUUUCUCUCCUGAUUUUCUUUUGUCGCUGCGCCUAAGUUUUACGAGCAACUUCUACGGCAAACCCUCAGAAGUUUAGACUGAAGAAGAACAUUUUUGUCCAUCACCUGGUUUCAACAAAUACUUUUAUACGGACUUGUGUUGAAAAUGGGUUGCACACUGAGCGCCGAGGAUAAAGCAGCCGUGGAGAGGAGUAAAAUGAUUGACCGAAAUCUGCGGGAGGAUGAGAAGAAAGCAUCCAGAGAGGUCAAACUGCUUCUUCUUGGUGCUGGCGAGUCGGGGAAGAGCACAAUAGUGAAACAGAUGAAGAUCAUCCAUGAAGACGGCUACUCGGAGGACGAGUGCAAGCAGUACAAGGUGGUGGUGUACAGCAACUCCAUUCAGUCCAUCAUCGCCAUCAUCAGGGCCAUGGGACGCCUCAAGAUUGACUUCGGAGACGCCGCAAGAGCGGACGAUGCCAGGCAGUUGUUUGUGUUGGCGGGCACGGCGGAGGAAGGCGUGAUGACGUCAGAGCUGGCGGGCGUGAUCCGGAGGCUGUGGAAGGACAGCGGCGUCCAGAACUGCUUCAGCCGCUCCCGAGAGUACCAGCUCAACGACUCCGCAUCCUAUUACCUGAACGACCUGGACAGGAUAUCUCAGCCGAGCUACGUGCCCACUCAGCAAGAUGUGCUGAGGACUCGAGUGAAGACCACAGGCAUCGUGGAGACACACUUCACCUUUAAGGAGCUCUACUUCAAGAUGUUUGAUGUGGGCGGGCAGCGGUCUGAGCGUAAGAAGUGGAUCCACUGCUUCGAGGGAGUCACCGCCAUCAUCUUCUGCGUGGCGCUCAGUGAUUACGACCUGGUGCUAGCCGAGGAUGAGGAGAUGAACCGCAUGCACGAGAGCAUGAAGCUGUUUGACAGCAUCUGCAACAACAAGUGGUUCACGGACACCUCCAUCAUCCUCUUCCUGAACAAGAAGGAUCUCUUCGAGGAGAAGAUCGCCAAAAGCCCCCUGACCAUCUGCUACCCCGAGUAUUCUGGCUCCAACAAUUACGAAGAGGCCGCCGCCUACAUCCAGUGUCAGUUUGAGGACCUGAACAGGAGGAAGGACCUGAAGGAGAUCUACACCCACUUCACCUGCGCCACCGACACCAAGAACGUCCAGUUCGUAUUCGACGCCGUCACGGACGUCAUCAUCAAGCACAACCUGCAGGAGUGUGGCCUUUACUGAACACAGGGCUCUCAGUGACUGGUAUCACCGUGAGACGAGAGAAAGAGAUGGAUUCGGUAGCGGGCGGCUAUCUUUCGAAAGGCCAGCGUAAGUAUGUUUGCAAAGUGGACCUACAGCAUGUAGACACGGUUACUUACCGCAUACUGCACUCAAGACACAGCUGUGCAAAUUCAAGUUUUCAAGUGUCUGGUUGUCUUUCUUUUUUUUAUUCUACAUCAGUGCCAUGUUUUUGUUGUUGUUUUGUUUUAAGAUUUCCUUCCUGUAUAUUGUAUUUUUUUGACAUACUUUUUAAUGUCACAUUCAGUCACUUUUUGUCAGGGUUUUUUAUAUCUCUACAUUCAACCGAAUCAGGCCAGACUGUGCCCAGAAUGACAACUGCAAAACAGAACUUCAAUUUCCACACCUUUUACAUUGUUUUAAUUAUGUUUUAGCUUAAUGUUACUCGUGCUUUUUUGUUUGUUUUAAAACUAGGUCUGCACAGCACAGCCUGUAACUGUAAUUAUUCAUUCAGCAGAUAAUAGUUACAAUGAUCCACUCUCUAGAUAAGUUAUUUAAAACCUUAUGUUUAAAAAUAAUACUUAUGGAAUCAUCUGUUUCGACCUUUUGAGAUUGUUGGUUGAUGCUGUGGUUUUGUCUAAUGAAAGCAUUAUGGAAUGUGAUGCCUGUUUGUGCCAAUUUCACUUUAAAACUAGAUCAGAUUUAAUGACUUGGAGAACCCAUAGGGAUGGUACAAGUUUUUAUGAACUUUAAGUUUUUAUGAGUUUUUACUAACCAAAAAAAAAUGGACCACUUUAUAUUAGACAAUAUUUUUAUAUGUAGGUAGCCACUACAGUUUAAUUUGUAUAGUGAAUUAUAAUUACCAGUUGAAUGAGAGAACCUUUUGCAACGGUCUGCCUUGUCACAUGUGGUCUUUCAGUUAAAAACUUUGUAAUAUUUUCUUUUGUAUGAUCAUAACCUUGACCUAUUCAUGUGGGAUUUGAAAGCUUGUAGAAGGUUUUUUUUUUAAUCUGGCUUGUUUUCUUCAGCAUACUGUUUUUAAUCCUGUGGAUUUCAGUUGAUGGAUUUAAAAAUACAUAUCUAGCCUACUAUCUAUAUCUGACCAAACCGCAUGAAGGUGGUAGAAAACCAUCGGCCUACAUGGGAAAAAACUGUUACAUUGUGAAAACGCUCUUGAGCCUCAGUCACAGCAUACCUUGCCUGUACAGUACAGGGGUGCAUUUCUGGAAAGUGUGGUUGUUGACAGUUAGCAACUUUGGUAGUUGCCAAUGGGAAAUUGCAUUGCAACCAACAAAGUAGCUAACAAAGUUAGCAACUUUCCAGAAAUGCACCCCAGAUCAUAAUCUGCCAAAUGCCUAACAGUUGUGGGUGUGAGACCAACCGUAGCAGCCUGCUCCUCCGAAAUAGUCAGUACAUUCCCAGAGGACUGUUUUUAUGUCAUUUGGUAUUGUUUAACUUUGUCUAGAUAAACUAAACUAAAUUGUUUUUGUUUUAUCUUAACACUGUUAGAUAAUGCCACUAAGAGUACAGUUUUUUUCCUUCUUAUUUUUAUAGCAGAAAAAGAAAAUAGUGGAGGUUGAAGAGUGCUUUUAUUCCCUUUUGAGAAUUGACCACUAAUAUCUAUUAAAGCACUGCAUCCAAACUGA